AUCAAACUGCGUGUGUUUUGGAUUUCUUUUCCCUUGUAAACCCGCAAUAAAAUAAUUUGCAAAAGUAGCCGCAACCCUUUCGCUCUGUUCGGCUUCUGUUCGCCGUAAGCUCCCGGGAUCGGUUCACGGAACGGUUUUGCAGUUCACGAAAUAAGCCCAAUCUACAGAAUGGAACCGUUCACUUGCUUCAUGGAUGUGGAAAAUUCCCGCUCCUACAUUGACGAGCUAUACUCGGAGGAAAACUGCAAGUGUCAGGAAGCGAUCGUCUGCCUCAAGAAUGCCGUCAUCGGUUCGAACAAAAAGAAAGGAUCAAUCAUAUCGCAGGGAAUUGUGCCGCGUUUGAUCGCGUUACUGUGCAACGGCGGGAAGCCGCUGCAGCUGCGUAUCGAUGCCGGCAUCGUGCUCGGUUCGCUUGCCAAGGGUACCGAAUCGCAGGUCCACUCCCUGAUGCGCUUCAACACGGUCGACGUGCUGAUAACGAUCAUCUUCGAUCCCAACACGAACGAACGGCUGAUGGAAACAUGUCUGGGAGCACUGCAAACGAUCGUGCAGUAUCCUUUUGCACCGUUGGAUUUAAUUCAUUCGGAUAUCAACAACAUCAAACGUUUGAUUCAAAUUGCAUCACCCAGAAGCAGCUUUGCGUGUCAGAUGUAUGUGGUAAACAUUUUCGUUCCUCUCUGCCACUCCUCGCAUCAACAGAAGAACCUAUGCCAGGCGGAUGUGAUACCGUUUCUAGCGCGUCUCAUGAUCUGCGACAACACGACGCUGCAAGUACCUGCACUGAAAUGUUUGGCAGCGAUGUGCUUCACUAACAAGUCGGUGUCGAACAUCGUUCACGCGACGUACCACGCCGAUCGAUCGAUUCUGGACAUUUUGACCGCGCUGCUCUCCCGAACGCGUGACGUCCAGGUGCAGCUGUCCGCUAGCCGUUGUCUAACGUAUUUGCAUCGUGCCGGUUCAUUACCGGCCGAGGACUAUCGAAUCGUUUACAAAACGUUACCCUGCCUGGCCCGGCUCUGUUCGGACGAGUUUGAGGAGGAUACGCGUGCGACGGCCGCGGAAACGCUCGCCUAUCUGGCCGAAAUCGACUCCGAGUUGCAGCGGUUGGCCGCGAUCAGCAAUCACUUGAUCGUGUCGCUAGCGAAUCUGGUCAAAUGCCCGUCGGUCUUGUCGAGACAGGGCGCUUUCCGCUGUUUUGCUUCUCUCGCGGCCAAUGAUGAAGAAAUUAGAAAGCGCAUUAUAGAGAUGGACGGUUUAAUGGAGGAGGUGCUAAGUGGAUUGAAGGAUGGAUGUCCGGAGGUUCGACUAUCGGCGGUACGAUGUCUUCAUUCACUUUCUCGCUCGGUGCAACUACUUAGAACCACUUUUCAGGAUCAUUCGGUGUGGCGCCCGCUGAUGGAUUUGUUGUCCGGCGAUCCGUCGCUUGAGUUGCAAACCGUUGUCACGUCGACGAUUUGUAAUUUGCUGCUAGAAUUCUCACCUGCCAAGGAACCAAUGCUCGAAUCCGGUGCCGUCGAGAUGCUUUGCGAGCUUACCAAACAUCCCGACCCAGCGCUCAGGCUGAACGGAAGUUGGGCAUUGAUGAACAUGGCCUUCCAGGCCGAACAGCAUGUGAAAACAAAAAUAAUCAACACACUAGGAACGGAUAGGAUAUUUCAAUUGCUGGGCGAUCGGGAUGAGCGUGUCAUUAUGAAAACGCUCGGACUGUUGCGCAAUUUGCUGAGCAAUACUCUCCAUAUCGAAACGAUCAUGUCGGAACAUUCGAGUGAAGUUUUGAGGGCGGUGAGUCUCGUGCUAGACGACCCACACCCACCGGAAGUGAAGGAACAAGCUAUAAUAAUCAUAGGUAACAUAACGGCGGGCGCACAGGAUGAAGAUUAUGUACUGCAGGAUGAAAAGAUUGUCAAGAAGAUCAGGGAUUUUUUGGUCGCCAACGACAAUAAACUACAGAUGGGUGCCGUGUUUGUCGUGCGAAAUCUGUUAGAUAAGAGCGGCCGGCAGCAUAUACUGCGACAGUGGGGUUUUCUCGAAAAUCUCGAACAGCUACUACACAUGACACCGCAACACUCGCAGUUCUAUGAGGACAUUCGGGAUGAAAUUUUAAGGUUUGACUACUCAGAAGACCAUUGAAAGCUAUUUGUUGUUAUCGUUUUGUUACUAUUAUGUUCUCCUUCCUUUUCGUCCAUCCUUCUGAUUUCUUUGUGCGCGUAACGAUCGUGUCCACGAUGGGUUGUGUUUCCUUGACCAGAUAUGCCCCACUAAUGCCUUUCGCGCUUUGUACCAUGAACUCGCCUAGCGAUAAUGUCCCAAAAUGAAAGGUUAUUGUAAUGUUUUCAUUCAUGAACAGAUUUUGCAUAAGGUUUUAACCUCUCGUGAUGCUACGGAUACGAUGUAUGUUAAUAUUUGUUCUACAUGUGUUGAAAAAACAACUUCACCACUAGUUUGCUAGUACAUUUGUAGAUGGUCAGGAAACACAUACUCACAUACAAAAAGCACACCUUAUUUACCAGAAAAAGAUAUUUCAAUGCUAAGCAAACAGAUCGAAGACAAAUCAAACAGGUAGUGACGAACUUUCAAAUGUAAAAUGCUCUACGCCACAGAAGUUUGUAAAUAUCCGCGAGAUUCGCCACGCUCUACCCAUUUGUGGGCAAACAGACUUUAUGCAAUGUGAAUGGAAGGAUAGGUCCUGUAUGCCAAACGGUUCUGUAACUAUCCGUGGAAAUGAUGUUUUUGUUUCCAAACCACUAAUCCGCUAGAGGAGUACAAUGCGGUGUCGCCGAGCGCUUGUUAAGUUUACUCUAAUUUUAUUAAUUUAUUUAGGAAACGGUUUUCAAAAAUUAAAAAAAAAACAAACAAUACACACUAUAAUCAGAACCAGUGAAUUUGAUCAGGCCUGUUCUACUACAAAUGACGCGGAGGGAAUGAUCCGGUGUGAGCGGUAUAGCAUUUCUGUAGCAAAAAUCAGAUCAAUUCAUUCGGAGCAAUUUUAAACUUCCUUUUCCACCCCGGCAGAUAGGUGUAAAAUGGAUCGAGAACAGAGCAGCAUAGGCACGGUACCGUUCAACGUGUAUCGAUCGAGUAUGUGUUUCACAUUUUACUUUUCCCACAAAACUAAGCCACCCAGUGUGUACCGCACAUGGAAGCAACAGUCUCUCUCUCCCUUUGUGCUGGUGGUAUGGAAUGAAUGUGAUCGUUGUUUUGUUUUGUUGUUUGUAGAAGCAGAAGGAAACACAUGCCUUUUUUGAUACAAACAUCACGAUUGUUGGUAGCAAAAGGGAGCCAUGUGGGCGCUGAGCUAAGGAAGGAGAGGAGAUACGCAAAAACAAAUAAAAAAAACUGGAUAGAAGAGAAGACACCCACAAUAAAACGGAUAAAAGAACAUAAAACGAAGCAUGAAUGUCACGAAAAUACCACAUAGAGAAAGUUUCGCCAGGUUGUUUGUAAGUAGACACUUUGUUUUAUUCACCCUCGGAUAAAGGUACAGCGAUAAUCAAAUGGUACGAUGCAACGAACAACGGAUGAGGGUACUCCUCUGAAAGAUAUAUCGACGACAGUAAGCAAACACGAAAAAUCCAACAAAAAAAAACCAGACACAGAAAGGAAGGAAUUGAAGAAAUAAAAAAAAGGACAAUUAAAUGAAGCAUUCCGGACCCAGAACUAUUCUGAGCGAGCACUCAAGCAGCCAUACUAUUGUUGGGUGCAUCCGUUUUCGACGGUAUUGCGUCCGGAUUGGAGAGUGGAUCCAGUUCGGCAAAUAGUUGAUACCAUCCGCUAAGAUCUUUACCCAUUGAUUUGCUGCUGCUGCUGCUGUUGUUCAACUUGCCUUGCUUCAUUGCAGCUGAACCAGAAUCGGCAUUGCUUCCUGUGGUUCCAGUGGAGGGCCCUUGCUUGGAAAACGAUUGUAACAAGCUGCUAAAGAUGUCGGUCGCUUUUUCGGACGAUUUACCACCGUUCGUGCCGAUCCGUUCGGGCUCGUGCUGUUGAAGCUCUUGCUGCAUCGGGUCAACACACUCGGACAAGCUGGCGGCAAAAUCAAACCCACCCUCGUCGGUAAGGAUGCAGUUCGUCAGCAGCGUCGAAGGCAAAAAUGGUGCCGGAGCCGACAUGAAGUCGGAAAA